GCACGGCACCGUUCCUGUUUCCUUGGGCCCUUUCGGUGCAGCGCAGGAUCGGCGAGUGUUGCUUGCGCCGGUGGUGUCCACGGUCGAGGAGUUCGAAGUCCAAGGCUCCGGGGAGACUUUCCGAUCCAGCAGGGACAGGAUGCCAACUCCCUAUGUGAGCACCGACAUGGUGGAGGACACGCCUGCAGUUGCUGCGGCUAAGACGGUUCGGAUACUUCGGGCAGCUGAGAUCCAGGCCAUCCCUGCUGCCGGGCAGAGACGCUCGAGUCGAGAUCGACAGGCGACACCGUUCGUCAAGGAGGAUGUACCUGACGACAUGCGGACGGUCCAAUUCAGCAACGUGGUCAAUACUGAGGUGCAGCCCAUGUCACAAGAUGACGCGAGGUCGACUCGCGACAGAGUUGCCACACCGUUUGCACAACCUGCAGAGGAGGCUGCCCAUCAGGCCCGCAGGGUAGCGCUCGCACCGGUCUUGUCCGUGGUUGAGGAGUUCGAAACAGACGGCUCAGUCACAGUUUUCCGGCCGAGCCGAGACAGGAUGCCUACUCCGUACAUGAGUGCGCAGCUCGUGGAAGAGGAUGCCGUCGUCAAUGCAGGUAAGACCGUUCGGGUAUUGCCUUUCGCCGACGCAAAGGCCAUUCCCAUUUCCGGCCAUUGCCGCUCCAGCCGAGAACGUCAGGCAACUCCUUUCUUCAAGGACGAGUCGGUGGCGGAGAGGACCGUGCAGUUCAACGAAAUGAUCAGCACUGAGGCGAGUGUAAUCGCGGAGGGGUGCGAAGAGGUUGGACGACGGUCGGUGCAUGACCGCAUCGCAACUCCAUAUGCUGGAAACGUUGAUCUCGAGGAGAGCCGCGUGGUCGUGCCAUUGGAUACCUCCGUCGAGGAGUUCGAGGUGGAAGGCCUCGAAGUUCAGCUGCGUUCAAGCCGAGACAGGAUCCCCACCCCCCAUGUGAGCACCGAAAUGUUGGAGGAGGCUUUCCCCAAUUCCGGCAAAUCCGUUCGCAUCUUUCCUGUUGCUGAGAUGCAGGCCAUUGCGACCUCUGGGCACAGACGGUCCAGUCGAGAACGUCAAGCGACGCCGUUCUUCAAAGACCAGGACUUCGAUGUGCAUGACGGUGGGCGGAGUGUAAACUUCGACGACACGAUCAGCACAGAGGCCGUCUUGGUCCAGCCGCAGGCCGGCAGGCGGCCGGUACGUGACCGCAUUUCAACACCCUUCACCUCGAUGGCUUUCAGCUCUUUCCAGGAUCGUCGAGUGCAGCUUUCUCCAGCUCCUACAGCUGUCGAGGAGUUCGAGCCAGCUUCCCAAAAGCUCCGACCCAGCCGAGACAGGAUGCCAACACCCCAUGUCAGCUCCAGCAUGAUCGAGGAGACGUUUGCGAACUUUUCGAAGACCGUUCGCGUGUUUCCGGCCGCGGAGACGGAGGUCAUACAUCUCUCUGGGCAGAGACGGCCCGUUCGAGAACGUCAGGCCACCCCGUUCUUCAAGGAGGACAGCGACUUGAACUCGAAAGCAGUCCAGUUCAGCGACAAAGUCAGCUGGGAGACUCCAAGCAAGGUCAUUGCUGCUGCGCAGUCCAAGGUCGGUCGAUCGGUCCGUGAUCGAGUCGCGACCCCGUUUGCUGGCCAAGCACAGGAGUUCGAGGACCAUCGCGUGCUGCUCACAUCGAUCGUCUCCACAGUCGAGGAGUUCGAGGUGACAUCCAACUUCCGUUCAAGCCGAGACAGGAUUCCGACACCUCACGUGACCUCGGAGAUGCAGGAGGCCCUCAACAUGAGCCCCGGGAAGACCGUCCGAGUCUCACCCGCAGUCGACGUCGAGGCCAUUCCCGCAUCAGGAAAGACACGGUCAAGUCGAGACCGACAGGCAACCCCAUUCCUCAAGGAGGAUGUGGUGAAUACAGUGGAGAUGCAGAACGACACUUCGGGUCAGGAGGCCGCCAUAAGCUCAGGAAUUGAGCAUGAGAUUUCCGUGCGCGUGAAGCUGAACGCUCAGCGGCAAGCCAGAGAGGAGCGCCGAGUGCAUGUGGGCACUGCAGAUGCCAAUGUUCCCUUGGCUUUGGAAAGAUGUUCUUCGGCAGACAGUGGCAAUCCCGAAGCCGAUCUGGCUCGUCACAUCGUUGCCAGAGCCGUUAAGGACACAGAGCUUCUCCGCAACACACUGCGCAACCUCGCAUUCUUCGAGACCUUCGAUGACGAUUCUUUGCACUGCCUCAUUGAGGCCAUGGAAGUGUAUGAGUUCCAGCCUGGUGAGAAGGUCGUGCGUCAGGGAGACACCGAUGGUACGCACUUCUUCGUGGUCGCGCACGGGGAGUUCUGUAUAGUAAGGGACAACUGCAAACGCUGCUACAUCGGGCCCGGAUCUUCAUUCGGCGAAAGCGUUUUGUUGCUCCAUGGCGAACGGAGUGCCACUGUCUGUUCCCAAGGAUGUUCUCGUGCCUAUGGCAUGGCAGGCAUGCAAGUACGCGAGCUACUUCGGCAGCAGUAUGAACACAUGCGGCAAAGUGUCGUCGAAGCAGUGGAUGAGGUGCUCAAGUCGAAUCAGUGCGAGAUCUUGUCUGGCCUGAACGGAUACCAGCUUCAAAGCCUUUAUGAUCAGGUCGAGAUGAAAUCAUUCAAACCGGGGGAGCUAGUUCUCGAGGAAGGCGACUUGCCAAACGAGGUUUUCAUCCUUUUUAGUGGAGAAGUAGACUCUACGUCAGGAGGACAGAAGAUGGGCAAAGUUCCUAGGUUCUACUUGAUGGGAGACGGGGCACUUUUGUUCGAGGAUGGACUGGCUUUUGAGCAGCCGACGAGCUUGACUGCAGCCACAGCUGUUGAGGUGCUGGUGCUGAAGCGAAGCCUACUGGACUCCCUCUUUGGCAGCAGGUUGCAACAG